CUCCUCCGUUUGCCGCUCAUAUUUUUACCCACUUGUCGAAACCCUAAUCUCCAUCUCCCUCUCCCUCAACUUUCUGGCUUAGACCUCCACGAUGGUUGUGCAGUCCGUCCUAGCCACCAAAAAUGACGCCCCUGCGGAGAUUGGACACACCGUCCAAGAUUGUGGGGGAGUAGACACUUAUAUUUGCUCUCCGGCUAGGAGGAUUAGUGCCCGGAUUCAGAAGAUCGAGAGCAACAAGGCUGCUAUUCGACUUCGCCAACGGGAGGAGGACUCUCUCACCAAGGCAGAUAAACCGGUGAGGAAGAAGCAGCGAUUGAACCACCACAAACAAAAAGGUAUAGCGGGUAAUGUGCAGACACAACUGGUCCAGGAUGAAGGAAUCCUAACCGGCGUCACAUCUAACUCAGACGGGGGUACAGAGCACACUGAAAAACUCAAGGGUGAGGAUAUAACAGAGGAGAUUGAAACUGGUUCCACCUCCAAGGGCCAAGUUGGAGAGAGGAGUGCUUACGCAAUGGUCACAGAUACCAUUAGAGCUUUUAACAAGCACUACCUUUACUUUGUUCAGGUGGAAGAAUCAAGAUGCAAAAAAGACGAAGAUGAUAGGAAAAAACCAAAGAAACCAAAAUCUAAGAAAUUUGUGCAGAACCAGGAUGCAACUGAAGAAAAAGCAAAGGCCAAACGACCUGAUCUUAAGGCUUUAUCAAAAAUGAUGACAUCCAAUACCAUAUUAUGCCCUCAAAAAAGGAUAGGAUCAAUCCCAGGAAUUGAUGUUGGGCACCAAUUCUUUUCACGGUGUGAGAUGGUCACUGUAGGUUUCCAUAACCACUGGCUCAAUGGAAUUGAUUAUAUUGGACAAAGUUCACAAAAGGAGUAUCCUCAAUACAAGUUACCAAUUACCGUGGCCAUAGUGUUGUCGGGCCAAUAUGAGGAUGAUUUGGAUAACUGUGAAGAUGUUGUAUAUACUGGUCAAGGUGGUAAUAAUUUACUUGGCAAUAAACGUCAGAUCAGUGAUCAAGUAAUGAAACGUGGAAAUCUAGGAUUGAAGAAUUGCCUGGAUCAAGAUGUGCCUGUUAGAGUUAUUCGAGGCCAUCAAUCUAGUAGUAGUUAUGUUGGCAAAGUUUACACAUAUGAUGGCUUGUACAAGGUUGUCAAACAUUGGGCAGAGAAAGGGGUUUCUGGUUUUACGGUUUUCAAGUUUCAACUCAAGCGUAUUGAAGGGCAACCUUCUUUGGUGACUGAACAGGUUCAUUUUGCUCAUGGGCGCAUUCCAAGUUCAGUUUCUGAAAUACGCGGGUUGGUAUGCGAGGACAUAAGUGGUGGCCUUGAGAAUAUUCCGAUCCCAGCAACCAACCUGGUUGAUGAUCCAGCUGUUGCUCCGACUGGUUACACCUAUUGCAAGUCUAUUCAAGUUUCGAAGAGUGUUGUGCUCCCUACUAGUGCCUCUGGAUGCAAUUGCCAGGGUAGUUGCACUGACCCAAGAAACUGUGCUUGUGCUAGGCUUAAUGGCUCUGACUUUCCUUAUGUACAUCGCGAUGGUGGCAGGUUAAUCGAGCCCAAGGCUGUUGUAUUCGAAUGUGGACCAAACUGUGGCUGUGGGUUGACGUGUGUCAACCGAACAUCUCAAAGAGGGUUGAGAUACCGACUUGAGGUUUUCCGGACUCCAAAGAAGGGCUGGGCAGUUCGAUCUUGGGAUUACAUACCCUCUGGGGCGCCUGUUUGUGAGUACAUAGGAAUACUCAAGAAGACAGAUGACGUUGACUCUAACCCAGAAAACAACUAUAUUUUUGACAUUGACUGCCUUCAAACAAUGAAGGGGAUUGGUGGAAGAGAGAGGCGGGUUGGGGAGGUAGCCAUGCCAUCAUUACUGGAUAAAGACGAUGAAAAAGACAGUGGCCCAGAAUUCUGCAUUGAUGCAGGUGGCACUGGAAAUGUGGCGCGUUUCAUCAAUCAUAGCUGUCAGCCAAAUUUGUUUGUGCAAUGUGUAUUGAGUGUUCACCAUGACAUCACACAAGCACGAGUUAUCCUGUUUGCUGCUGACAAUAUACCACCACUCAAGGAGCUGACAUACGACUACGGUUAUGAACUCAAUAGCGUGCUGGGUCCAGAUGGCAAGGUAAAGCAGCUUGCUUGCUUCUGUGGUGCACCAGAUUGUCGGAAGCGCUUGUUUUAGGAUCGUGUUGAUAGUAUUUUUGCGGAAGAAAUUGCAAGUCUAGGUAAUGCGCGGCUAGGUUAGCCAUAAACCGGUCCGACAAACUCUAGGAAAGUAGUCAUGGGGUUGGCAGGUGGCACCUUUAUCCUAUUAAAAAUAUUAUAUUAGCGUUCUUUAGCUGGUUGUAUGUGGUGGUUGAUUGUUCUAGGGAACUGGUGAUUUCAGCCGGCAAUGUCAAUGAACGUUGAAUGAUUGA